GUAUUUAUAGGGAAAAAUGGCUGUUCGUCCAAAAUGGCGUUUUAAUAUUUGACAUGUGUUUUGUGUGUUGCAAAGUGAUUUGCAAAAAAGGGGCUGUAGCACAUAAAAAUUUAGCAUAAAUUCAGCAUAAAUUGACUGUAUCAAUCUAUGUGAAUUAAUUGGUGUUGCGGUAUUUUGGGUGAAAAAAGAGCAUUUUAGGGUGAAAUUGUUUAAAAAAAAUUGUUUUGUGUCCCUUACGGACGCUGCGUGGUUGUAUUAUUUGCUUUGUUGUUGUCAAACUUUUGUGCGAUGAUCGACCACCAGGUGGAGCAUGUGAGGUGACUGUUGGAGGAAGGCGCUACCUGUGGACAUUUUCUCACUCAAUUUCCCUCCAAAAUCACUUGAUUUUUUUUUUUUUUAAAUUUUUGGUUCUUCUCUCCCAAUGCACAUUUAAUUGUACAAAAAACAUUGUGCUGACAUUGGGAAUGCUACAAUGGAACAUCCAACAGAUAUUUCGGAUGGCACGCAAUGUGAACGGGAAAAUAGCGAAGAACGCUUAAAGUUGAAUGAUGACAGCAAAAGACUGUCAUCGGGUGUUGAUUCAAGCAGUAGCAGUACUGAUAGCAGCAGUGAUUCUGAUACUGACACUAGCGAAAGUGAUUCACAAUUGUCAUCAAUGUCAGAUAUCCUGCAAAUGGCACUUGAUCCUACCUCAGCCACAUGGAUACAAUCCCAAUUGCUAUCCGGUAUCAGUCCACGUGUCAUUUUGGACGCUCUAAUGGCUGGGGGCAAUGGUACGAGUCUGCCCGAAGGACUUUUAUGGUAUAUCAUCUCAUUUUUGGCACAGGCAACGGCAAAACGUCACAAAUUGCCCCAUAUUAAUACGGUGGACGAUACUGUGAGAUUACUGAAGCAUUCACAGAGAAUUUUGGUGUUGACAGGAGCUGGAGUUAGUGUAUCAUGUGGUAUUCCGGAUUUUCGAUCACGUGACGGUAUUUAUAGGCGAUUGGCAGUGGAUUUUCCUGAUUUGGCAGAGCCACAGGCAAUGUUCGAUAUUAGUUACUUCAGUCGUGAUCCACGGCCAUUUUAUCGUUUUGCCCGUGAUAUCUAUCCGGGACAAUUUAGACCGAGUCCAUGUCAUCGAUUUAUCCGGCGACUGGAGGAAUGUGGACGAUUGCUGAGGAAUUAUACACAGAAUAUUGAUACAUUGGAGCGAUUAGCAGGUAUUGAGAGGGUUAUUGAGUGUCAUGGUAGCUUUGGGACAGCAUCGUGUACACGAUGUGGCAAUCGGGUUGAUGCAAGUGCGAUUGCUGAUGAUAUAAGGGCACAACGGAUACCAAUGUGUGCCAUUUGUCAGCCAGACCGGGAAUCAAUGUCAGCUGCAAUGGCUGAAUUGCCCGAAGGACUCGUUCAGGCUGGCAUCAUGAAGCCUGAUAUUGUUUUUUUCGGAGAAGGACUACCCACCGCCUUUCACGAUGCCAUCAUGGCUGACCGUGAUGCCUGCGAUCUACUCAUAGUCAUAGGAUCAAGUCUCAAGGUACGUCCUGUGGCACUAAUUCCCAGCUCAGUACCAUCCAGAGUGCCCCAAAUCCUGAUAAAUCGCGAACCAUUGCCCCAUAUGCGAUUUGAUGUUGAACUUUUGGGUGAUUCUGAUGUAAUAAUUGAUCAUUUGUGUAAUGAAUUGGGUGGUGAAUGGCGUGACAUCUGUUGGCGAGAGCAGAAACUUAGUGAAAUAACUGGUACAUAUACAUGUAACACACCAAAAUUCUCACCUAGCGGAGACACAUUGGAUGGACCACCAGAUGGUAAGGCAACACUAGCAGCGCCAUCGUGUUUGCGUGAUGAUUCAGGAAUUGGAGAGAGUAGCAAUUCAAUGGAGGAUUCUGGUGUAUUCUGUCGUGUUGGUAGUUCGACAUAUUUAUUUCCAGGAGCUGAAUAUCAACGGCCCCAGGUAGCAACAAAACGUACCAAUGAUGAAUGUCACGAGGAAAAUGAUUUAGAGGCACCCAAGAAGCAGAGACUGUGACCUAGAAAAAAAAAAUGUGGGCGGAGAAGGACCAUUUUGAGGGAGGGAGGGUUGUGAAUAAAUGUGACACGAGUGUUA